CUAACACUUCUUUUCCCUUGUUGACUCAAAUCUCCAAACUCCUAGAAAAUCUCCAAAUCUCUUAAGUUCUUUUUUUUUAAAGCUUAAAUUCCUCAGAGUUCAUCAAUUUCCAAGAAGCUCACAAGAAAAUAAUACUAGUAUCAGUUUCUUGGUGAGAUCUCUAUACAUUCAUCAAUGUCAUCGUCCGGCCUAACUCGAUCGGGAAGCGCGCCGCAGUUCCAUCUAGACGAGAAGUGGAAGCUGUCGAAGAAAGACAGUUUCAGCGGCGGUGCGCCGAGGAUCACACGCUCCUCGUCGACUUCUUCUAUCCCCAUAAGCGGUGGCAAGAAGACACAGAAACAGGGGAGAUGCGCUUUUACUAGGAAGUGCGCGAAACUGGUUAGAGAACAGAGAGCUCGUUUCUACAUCAUGCGUAGAUGCGUAAUCAUGCUUAUUUGCUGGAGAGAUAAUUACUCCGACUCUUAAAGAAAAAAAAAACAAACACCAAUCUCUAUCUCAGUUCUUGUCUUUUUCUGAAACCGAAGUAGAUAGUUUCAUAUACGCAUGUGUACAUAAAGGGGUUCUACGCUGCUUCUUUAGAUCGAAUGUUAGAUUUGUAACAUGUUUUAAAUGAAAGCUGUGACUAAGAUCAGUUUCAAAGUGUGAAUUAGAUUCUUCUUGUGACGAUUAGUUUGGUUUCUAGCUUUUUUCUUUCUUUGAUUUUUCUUCAUGUUCAUUUAUGAUGACUAGUGUUUACUGUGAUAUGACGAUGACCAACGUGGCGUUUCUCUCUCUAGAGUCUAGAGGUUGAGAGAGAAAGAGAAAAAGAUUCCAUUGGAACUGUUACAAUUAAGCUAUGUGUGGAUCUUGUGUGCUGAGUCUGACAAAGUGAUUAGUUUUCUCUCUUUUCCUUUUCUUAAUGUAAAUAGUAUUAGUCUAUAAUAUCAUUUGUCAGUUAUGAUUAUUAAUAUAGAUAUUCACAAAA